AUGGCUCGGCUUCCCGAUGUUACCCCUUCCUUCCGCGAGCCGACUGUGGCCGUCUCUCUGAAUGCCGGGGAUCAGGAGCUCACCCGCGGCCGCAAGAGGUCUCGCAGCGUCACGCGGGCCGAGGUGAAGUCGCUCCGCUCCGACGAGUCGAGCAACCUACGUGGACGCUCGCCCCGGCGGGCAACGUCGCCGUUCGGGCUCGUAUCCCGCAACACGUCUCCGUCAAUGCUCUCGUCAACGACGCAACUCCUCCGCUACAACCAAUUCCGCAACGCCCGCCGCGAGCACUGCCCGUCACGCACGGGCUCGCCGGCCGAUCAGCGACCGUUCCGUCGGCGGCAGCGCACACGCAGCCGCAGCCGGGGAGCCGGCCUCGAGCAGGACCCCCGUCGCUCCCUCGACACCUUGUCGAGCCUCAGAAACGAGGUACUGAUGGUGCACCGCGACGAAUUCGCAAACGACGGGGACAAAUGA